CGGUAAUACACAACAAGUUGCCUUGUCAACCGCCAUUAAACACUACAAGAAGAAGAAGCUAUUGACGGAGACUGGACAUGCAGAAAGUGGUCAAGAGAACCGCUGCAUAUCAAGAUCUUUUGUAAAACAGGUCUGUUUCAUCGUGCACACACAGGGAUCAAGAUUUUUUUAUCUUCAGUAAAACUCUAUGAAUUAGAGAAAUAAUUUCUAUUAUUCGACAAGUGAAGGUCCACUUCAUCAUAUGCGAAAUGAGUAAUGAAGACACUGAGGAUCAAACAGAUCUAAUGAAACUUGAAGAAGCAUCAGGAUCAUCAUAUGAUUCCAUAAUGGCAGCUAAAUCUGGUUGUUUGCAGAUUAAAAACACGUUUCCAAAAAGGAAACAAAGAACAAAAGCCAGCAAAACUUUUACUUGCCAUCACUGCGGAGAGGAGUUUGACCGUAAAGGACACCUUACAAAGCACAGAAAAAUCCACACUGAAGAAAAGAUUUUCAUCUGCCCUCAGUGUGAGAAAAGUUUCAAAUGGAAAAGUAACCUUAGAAAUCACAUAAGAAUUCACACCAGAGAGCGUCCAUACUCAUGCCUUCAGUGUGGAAAGAGUUUCAUACACAAAAGGAAUCUAAUGGUCCACAUGAGAUUUCACGCGGGAGAGCGUCCAUACACAUGUCCUCAGUGUGAAAAGAGUUUCAUACUAAUAAAUAAUCUAAAGGAUCACAUGAGACUUCACACUGGAGAGCGUCCGUACUUUUGUCUUCAGUGUGAAAAGAGUUUCACAAAUGAAAGUAAUCUAAAGGCGCACAUGAGAAUUCAUACUGGAGAAAAUCCACACCCAUGCCUUCAGUGUGGAAGGAGUUUUACACAAAAAAGUAAUCUAACGGUCCACAUGAGAAUUCAUAAUAGAGAGAAUCCAUACACAUGUCCUCAGUGUGGAAAGACUUACAAAUACAAACAUGGCUUUCAAGUCCACAUGAGAAUUCACACUGGAGAGCGUUCGUACCCAUGUCUUCAGUGUGAAAAGAGUUUCGCAAAUAAAAGUAAUCUAAAGGUGCACAUGAGAAUUCAUACUGGAGAGAAUCCAUACACGUGUCUUCAGUGUGGAAAGAGUUUUACACAAAAAGGUAAUCUAACGGUCCACAUGAGAAUUCAUAAUACAGUAGAGUGAAUCCAUACACAUGUCCUCAGUGUAAAAAAAGUUUCACAAGUACAAGUAAACUUAAAAUCCACAUGAGAAUUCACACCAGACAGAAUCCAUCCACGUCUGUAAUGCAGAAAAAGUUUCGGUCAAAAAUUAAAACCACAUGACAAUUCGCACUGGAAAACAAUGUCUAAAGUGUGUCAAGAGUUUCUUUACCGUGCAAAGACUGAUAUCGCAGAUUUGCAUAUUGCUUUUAGGUAUGCACCAAAUGUUUUCAGGUAGCGAGUUGAUUUGGCUGAGAAUAGCAAAAAAGCUUCUUUCCCAGACACUUUAACUCAUUUCCCGCCAACCCUUUUUCAAAAAGUUUGCCAGUCAGCAUUUUUUGAGAUAAUUGCAUUUUUGUAAAGGACUUCUGUUAGACAUCAGAUUCAGAACGAUUAUCAAAACAAACAAUGAGUUUUCUAUGCUGUUAAAUUAAUUGAUGCUUCAGUUUUUUUUUAUAAAUUGGGUAAGAGCGCCACCUAGUGGAUAAUAGUGGGAUUAUAGAUUAUUGUAAAAACUCGGCAGGGAAGCGUUUUGUCUUAAUUGACACAUAACUCGUCAAUGGCCGGGAAAGAAUUCAAAUGCUUUAAGACUGCCAACAUGUUAUCUGCAUUUAUAAAACGUAUGCGCCUCUGAUGGUUGCUAUUUAAUAACAUCUAGUGAUAGAAAUUUUCAUUCAUUUAAGUGACUCGUUCGUUUUCAGGUCAUUCAAAAAAAUUAUUCGUUCAGACUUAUGUGUUAAAAGACAAUGAAAGACUUUUUACAAAAACUCUUUAGUUUUUAAUAAAGCUCAAAUUGUGAAAUAUUAAGCAUAAUUUUAUCAAGUUACAGAAUAUAUUAAGACACAUUAGGCCAAGAUUCCAGUUCUCAAUGGUGAUUCUCUUUCUUCUAAACUUUCUUCCUUUCUCUGUUCUCUAUACUAUCAGGUAAUAUCUUACUUACAUUGGAAACGGUUAAUUGUUUGUACUAUUUACCAUUUCAUGCAUUUAGUGUAACCAUUUCAAAUUGUAACUUUAAGUCAGAACUGUUAUUAAAGCUUUUCAUUUACAAAUCUGUUGUCUAGUUUGGAUUUAAGGUUAAUACUGAAACGCUACAUAUUGCAAUUCAAUAUACUUAUAUUCUAGCAAUGCUCUCCCACAUAUUUUGCUAUCAUAAAUGUGCUUAUUUACGUUGUUGGUGUAAGUCGCAUAAGGGUGGAAAUUGACCAGAAAUACAGCUUUACACCAUCUUGCUGUUUAAAUUUUUUUGUCAUUUCGGCAUUCCUACAGCUUGAACCACUGUUGUGAAUCCACCCUUACAUUACUUAAGAAGUGUAACUGUGGGUUCAGACCAGCCGCGCUUGAAGCGUCUACCGUGUCUAGUUUGCCACUUGAGUUUACUUGCUUCAUUCAUGCAUGAAAUCCUAGUCAUCGAGACAUUCACACAGAAAUUUGCGUCAUGGGAGGGGCUUCUGCGACUCUGCUCACUUCCUGUAAUCACGUCACUACUAGAGUAAGCUCCUGAUUGGUUAACACAGAGCGUUUUUUUUUCGCCAAAGUAAAAAAUUUUCAACUUGCACAUUUCCCGCGGCAACGCCCAAUUCACGCCGCGAGACCUCCAGAUGCGAGUCAACAUGUC